UUUCCAGUACCAGUUCGCCGCAGAUUCUGGUCAUGUACCCUUUGGACGUCGUCAAGACACGAGUGCAACUCCAAACCGGCAAGGGCGUAGGUGCCGACCACUACAAUGGCAUGGUUGACUGCUUCCGCAAGAUUGUCCGCAACGAGGGCUUUGCGACACUCUACCGCGGUAUCACCGCUCCCAUUCUCAUGGAGGCUCCCAAGCGUGCUACCAAGUUCGCCGCCAACGACGAGUGGGGAAAGAUCUACCGCAACCUGUUUGGCGCCGCCAAGAUGAACCAGUCUCUCUCCAUCUUGACCGGAGCCAGCGCCGGUGCCACCGAGGCCUUCGUCGUCGUCCCCUUCGAGCUUGUCAAGAUUAGACUACAGGAUAAGGCCUCUGCCGGCAAGUACAGUGGCAUGCUCGACGUCAUCCGCAAGACCGUUGCCGCCGAGGGUGUCCUGGCCAUGUACAAUGGCCUCGAGAGCACCAUGUGGCGCCACAUUGUCUGGAACGCCGGUUACUUUGGCUGCAUUUUCCAGGUCCGCGAACUCCUCCCCAAGGCCGAGAACAAGGCCGGCCAGGUCACCAACGACCUGAUCUCCGGUGCCAUUGGUGGUACCGUCGGUACUAUCCUCAACACCCCCAUGGACGUCGUCAAGUCCCGCAUCCAGAACAGCCCCAAGGUCCCCAGACAGACCCCCAAGUACAACUGGGCUUGGCCCGCCGUUGCCACAGUCGCCAAGGAGGAGGGUUUCAGCGCGCUGUACAAGGGUUUCCUGCCCAAGGUACUCCGUCUCGGUCCCGGAGGCGGUAUCCUUCUCGUCGUCUUCACCGGCGUCAUGGAUUUCUUCCGCACCCUCAAGACCAACGCUUAAAUCCGCACCUGGAAUGGAACAGAGUAAAAUUUUUAGAGAAAGAGAGAGACAACCGGAGGAUUGUACAUCUUGUACAGGCAGAUACCAACACCGGGGCUUUUUGGAUUCUGGCGCUCAGCAAUGCAAUCAUUUUCAAAUCUUUAGGCUUCACCUUUUCUAUUCCGUGGCUCUUGCGAAUGGCAAGAUACGUUGCCCGCCAAAGUGACAUCUAACUUUGUGUGACCAGAUACCUUGACUGGCAUUGCUAUCGCCUGCCGCGAGCUUUGCGUUGUUGAAGACUGAAUUGGGCCUUG